AAUACCGAUACUAUCAUUGAAAUUAUGAACCAACAAAUCAAUUUUUCCAUUGAAUGUAUGCAGAUUUGGCAAGCGACCGUGACUUUAGUCACGGGAGCAGAUUACUGUCGCAUGACAGAACAUGAAAGAGGCCAAUU